CCAUGGAAUGGAGGAACAUAUUCAAUUCGCGAUCGUGAAUCAAGACUUGCCAUUACACUCAAAGGAGAUCACUUGAGCCUAUGUCCACGAGAAGAAGAACGGAUCGGAAACAGCCAUCAUCCCGAUAGAAGCGGUCUUUGGAACUGUGUUGAAGUUGAGUCCAUGUGGCUCGGCUUCUACAACGACGCUUCAGGCAAAUUCAUCGGUCACGGUGGUGGUUGGUGGAGGGAGUGGAUAUUUGUCGCUGAAGCAGAGCACCAUGAUCAGUGGAGGUGUUUUUGUGCGCGGCAGCAUCCAGAUGGUGGACAUAUUCUUCUGGUAGAACACUGGCACAAGUUUUUGCCGAUGGCAUUGAGGGGUAAGAAGAACAGAGAACUGGUGGUUGAUUAUGAAGAUCGAAAAGGGUCUGCAUGGGAUUUCAUUCGAACUGAUUCUGAA